CUUGUGAGGCUCCUUUGAGAGGGGCAACGGGGAGGUUCUGAAGCGGUGGCGGAGGGAUCCUAGCGGGCUGGGGGCGCGGUGAGGCGGCGGCGCGGGCUCGGCCGGGCGGUCGCGGGACGCCGCCGCGGCGGGGAUAGGCUUUCAUAUUCGUUUACUUGUUCCUGAGGAAUUAAACUUCUCGUGGAGGAGGCAAAAUAAAACAAACCAAAAAACCUCAAGCCUGGAACUGGAAACGCUGGAGCCACGUGCCUUGUGAGGAGCCCCGACUUGGCCUCCCCUGGAGCCCCUGCGCUAGAGCCAAACCCGCCUGGGCCGCUUCCCAGGGCCGAGCGGCGCGGAUUGGUGUUGGACCUUUGGAGAGAGCUCGGAGGCAUCCUCCCUCAAGGAGCCCAGGCUUCGUUUGAUGGCCGGGGACUGCGCGGAGAACUGAAGACGUGCUGAUUUCUCCAGUGCUCUUGUCUUCUGAAUGAAAGCAACGACUAGGUAUGGAGAACUUGGUGGCUGGCUCCACCCUUCCUCCAGGUUUUGCAGAUGAAGAUGGAUCUAAGGAAGGUAGUGAAGUUACUGUAACUGGAUUAGUGCAUUCUGAGAGUUCAUUUGGUGGUGGAACUUCACAGCCUGUGAAUAACCCAGAUUUGGUAGAGGAUUUGUCACAGGUUCAGCAGCUGCAAAAUGAGUCCUCUAAUAAUGCCGAAAACACUGAGCAGAAGCCUGAGGAGGAGCAGCAAAGAACUAAACGAGGAGGCUGGGCCAAAGGGAGAAAGAGGAAGAAACCCCUUAGGGACACCAAUGCCCCCAAGUCCCCCCUCACAGGGUAUGUGCGAUUCAUGAAUGAGCGUAGGGAGCAGCUUCGAGCGAAGAGGCCUGAAGUCCCUUUCCCAGAGAUCACCAGGAUGCUGGGCAAUGAAUGGAGUAAACUGCCUCCCGAGGAGAAACGGCGAUACCUCGAUGAAGCGGAUAGGGAUAAGGAGCGUUAUAUGCGGGAGCUGGAGCAGUAUCAGAAGACUGAAGCCUACAAAGUCUUUAGCAGGAAAGCACAAGACAGACAAAAAGGCAAAUCACAUAGACAAGAUGGAGCAAGACAGCCAGCCCAUGAUCAUGAGAAGGAAGCAGAUACAAAGGAGAGGUCUGUUUUUGAUAUUCCGAUCUUCACAGAAGAGUUCCUGAAUCAUAGUAAAGCACGUGAGGCUGAGCUGCGUCAGCUGCGUAAAUCCAACAUGGAGUUUGAGGAGAGGAAUGCUGCUCUGCAGAAACACGUUGAGAGUAUGCGUACUGCAGUGGAGAAACUGGAGGUGGAUGUGAUACAAGAGCGGAGCCGCAAUACAGUGCUGCAACAACAUCUAGAGACCUUACGCCAAGCGCUCACAACGAGCUUUGCUGGAGUCCCAUUACCAGGUAGUGGGGAAACACCGACAAUGGAAACCAUUGAUUCCUACAUGAAUAGGCUACACAGUAUUAUUAUGGCUAACCCACAGGAGAACGAGAACCUUAUAGCCACAGUCCGAGAUGUGGUAAACAGACUUGAACGCUAGUGACUGGAUCUCGUGUCCCAGGGAUGCUUUACAAAAUAUUUUUGGCCAGUGUGGAAUAAGAAGCCAUGAGGGAAAGACUAGGGGUGGGAGGCAGUCAUGCAGGUUUGUCCUGGUCUCUGCCUUUGUGGUUUGUCAGCGAGACAAAUGGAUCAAUGCAUUAAAAGGUCUUAAGAAGCCACGGAUGCCACCCACUAAACGUUUGGAACUGUCCUCUGUGUAAACAUUUAAGAGCAUGCAACUCCUGUGCAAUCUUCAGUUUGUUAUUAACUCUGGUGGGUGUGCGGGUACCUCUGUUCUGUGGACUGGCUGACUGGAGAUGAAAUCUCGCAGUUUGGGACAUGAAGUCAGCCUACAUGUUGUAGUAAUAACUUUGUGUUAUAUUGCCUACUGUCUUCUAGUGUCUUUUAUUUUGUUUUCAUGUUUAUUUGGGGGAAUUACCUACCUCCACUUUAGUUUUCUUCUUUUGGUCUUAUUAUCUGAUACUUGCAGUACUGGAUAGCAGUGCUUGUGUGCUCUGCUAUUGCAGGCAGUCUUCCUUGCUGUACUGUCUUGUCCUGCCCUGCCUGCUACGUUUAUAUGAGCUUUCCUUAAGCAGAAUCCUGUUCUUGUGUUAGCCUGCAACAAUGUGCGUUUGCUCCCUGCUAGAGACUGGCUGUGGUUGGUGCUUUGUGAUUUGAUUCUACUAUGAGACAAACUUCUCUCUCUCCCGGCUCUCUCCAAGCGCCCCUCUUGCACGUAGCAUCCUUCUCCUCUGUGAAGGUCUCCUAUUAUCUCUUAAAAAUGUUUGAUGGAGCAUUUUACUACCACAAAGGUCAAUGGUAAUCAAGAUAGAAAGUGAAAAGUUGGUUCUUAGCAAGGAAAAUACAGGUUAGCAUUUUAGACUAAAAACCCAGAGCUUGCCCUUCCUCUGAUGCAUUGCUCACUCCAAUUUAAUGUUACUGCCUUGGUUUUGAGCGAAUGAUCUCAUGGUGAGAGCUGUAUUCUAUAAAAAGAGAAAUGGGCAGGACGCUUGCAUUGUUGUUUUUUUCUGCCCUUCUGAAUUCACAGUGCCAGAAGGGAGCAAGUGUGUUUGUGCAUGAAUUAUAAGAGCAGAGAAAGUUAUUAGCAGCUAGGUUCAUGUAGCAGCCCACAGAAUUCUGUGUGACAGCCUGUAUCUCACCUUUUGUAAAGUCAAAGUACAGCCUGUGGAGCCUAUAGCAUUCAAUGUGGUAUGUUCCACUGUGGCCUUAAUGGCCUUGCACUUACAUCAAGUAGAACCCUGUGUGCUCGUCUGUAAUCUUGCUGAGCUAUGCUGCACCUUCUGUCAAAGAUGUAGGCAUCUACUGUCUGCACUAACUUAUGCAAAUCAUUUGCUGCCCUUUGGUUCCCAUCAAAUUGUUAAUUCAGACUCUGAGCAUUUGUUGAAUAUCUCUGGGCUUUAUGGUAGUGGUUGAAAUGCUCUUUUUCCCACAUGACAAUCUCCUUGCUCCUCCUUAAGAAAUCUUUAAGAUUUUCCUGUUACGACUUGGAGAUUGCUUUCAUUACUGGAGUGCAUUGCAGUCGGCAUCACUUCUAUGUAUCUGCAACGCAAGUAUUUGAGGAUUAAAAAGCAGUUCCUUCUUUUCCCACGCUGUACAUAUGGACUUCAUGCUUGCCUGAAGCCAUCUCCUGGUCAACAUCUUGUGUGUCAGGUCUCCGCUUAUUCAUGGGCUCAUUGCUGUAGCCAAGCAGCAUGGAUUUCCAUGUAAGUUCAAGUUUUCCUUCAGGGAGGAAACUCCUUUCUAUUGUCUUCGGUCUCAUUUUCAAGACUUCACAAAAAGGAACCUCAGUUUGCUGCAUUGACCUCUACUUUCCUUAGCAUGGAUCACAGCAACUGAUGUUGGUAUUAACAUUUUUAGUGGGUUCUGUAAAAAAUAAUGUGUGUGGGGAAAAUCCUACACCUUAAUAAUGUCUUUAGAAGUACUGGUACCUUCAUCUCCUGUACGUAUUUUGGUUUUUAGAAUUGAUAUUUGACUUCUAUUGAAGUGGCCAAAAUGCAUUGCGUAGCCAAAAGUCAAUUGAUGGAUUUCUUAAGUUCAGUCUGCGGUAUUUUACCUAAUGCCUGGAGUUGUAUCCCAGGAAGACUCCAGAAAUUGCUGUGGAAUACGAUAGUGGGGUGCAAUUGCGGGCUUUGACAUACACAUACCAGAAAAGGUGUGGGUGGCUGUAGGCUGCCCCUCCUUAUGUAAAUUCAAUGCAACUAUCAGCUCAUGGUGUACUGCUAAUUCUGGUGAGCGGCGUGCAAGUGUUAUGGGAUAGGAAAUUGAAAGUGGUGAUAUUAGCUGGAAGCUGAUAAAUCUUUUGCCUUUUCCCACAAGGAAGGAGGGGAUGUGAUGGACCCAUCUUAAAGCAUUUGGGGAAGGAAUACAUUUUUGCUCACCAAUGAUGUGACAGAUGAUGUUUUGUCUCAUUAAGAAGCUGCUUAUUUACAUUAAUUAACCCUAUAAAAAUGGAUUGUCUUUUCGAUGUUUUGAGUGUCACUUCAGUUUACAUUUUUCAGUGUGGGCUGAUUAAAAAAAAAAAGUAAAAAUGAAGUGGGUGUCAAGGAGAAGAGCGGGAUAAAAUGCUUUUGUCACUUAGAGAAAUGUUAAGGGAAAUAGAUGAAAACAGAAUCCAUUUGCCAGAUUAAUGUGUUUGGAAUUGUUGAGAUGCCAAGUUUUCUGUACAAUGUUUUUGUAAUUAAACUUUGGAGUUCCUUUGUUUUUAAAGAAGUCGAUGUGCUUGUUUGACACCUGCUUCAUUAAAAUUGUUUAACGUUGAAUCCAUUCUGAUUCAAUUUGAGCUGCGUUUUCAUGAAAGAACUAUUACUGGCAUUGUUCUGUUGUCUGAGAGAUUCUGGCAACUCCACGUUACCCUCUGCAAGGAAAUAAUGUGCCCCUUCCCCCUCUCCAGCCACAGCAUAUCACCCUUUGAAAAAGCUGAAGGAAGUUCUUAUUAUUUAUAGUUAACAAAACCUGCACAGAUCUUUGAUUAUAGCUAAUUGGUGUCAGGGCCCUUCCUGUCAUCUUUGUUCCCCAACUUGAGUAACUUUUAAAAUGUCGUCUCUCUCCCUCAGCCCUUUUUGUAUGUCCUCGACUUCCUUUGGCCUCCCUAGUUUCCCACCACCAUGUUUAUUUUCUCCCUCUAAAAACUGUCUGUAUCAUACCUGUUGCCCUCACUUGCUUUCUUUUCCCCCAUUAGAUUUUUACCAUGUCUCUUCCCUCUGCUCGCUGAUUAUGGAGCUAGACUGAAACCUUGUGGAAUUUCUACUUUGGGUGUAAGUCCUCUAUGGAGGAGCUUGGAUGAAUUUUCCCUGCACUGGGGUGCUCUGAGCUCUCAAUGCUGUGAGCACCCACAUCUGUGUUACUUUUGUUGUCCCAUCUCAUUAUUUUAAUCGCCAAGUUAACGCCUGGGCUCCCUCUAUACCAGCAGGGUUGGCUCAGCUACUAUCUGCUGUCUGGGACAACCUGCUCGUUUAGAUUUAGAGUGUUUGGAGAUUUUAUAAAGCACCAGUUAGGAAAUGAUAAAGAUAUAAAAUAUAGGAAUAUAAAGAAAUCUCCUGUAGGAGAAGAGCUGCCCCGUGACACGGGCGAGUCCAGAGGAAGUAGAGGAAAAGAAUAGGCAAAGCAGCCAAAGUCCACUCUAAGACAAAGAUUUAAUUCCUUUCUCACCCGUGGUGUUGUACAUGGUAUCAGGAGCAGAUAGUGGUCAAUCAUGCUCAAUUUAAGGCAAUUUAGAGUGUUUCCACUGUUCUGUUUGUUAUCCCCUGUUUGCUGCUGGUCAAUUGGACUGAUGAUUAAUAAUUAUUUAAAGGAAAUUAGGGGGAUUUGAGGGCUUUGGGCUGUUUGAAGAGGAAAAGAUCACCUCCUCUUUCUUAAGGCAGGUUCCUGUUGAUAAUGUAUUUGGAAUCUGAUAUUUGGUCUGUUUUAAAUCUUUCACUUCAGUUUGUUUGUAUCCUUCAGAGUCAGAAGUACACUCAGGCCCAUCCUCUGCUUCUACCAUAGCAUUUUAUUUGCUUGUGAACUCUGAAUAGCUUUAUUGCUUUCUUGUCCCUUGUUGCUCACAGUAUUUAAGUUUUUUUAAAAAACUUCCUAAACUUUAACUUUUUUUUUUUUUAAUAUAUUAAUUAUUUGCAGUCCUAAUUGCAAAAUCUCUGAG